AUGUUCAAGAACAUUGCCCAGGUACAUGGCAACCCAACGUCCACAUCAUCUGCUUUGCGGAGAGAGAAUCUAGACAUCUGGCAGCCCUACUUCGAAGGAGGACACGAAGCAAGCAUGGUCGGAGCGCCUGAUGUCAUCAAGCCAUCAGAAAAGGUCGAAGAUUAUUCGCCCCACAUCAACGGGAACCCCGUAUUUACCAUCAGCGAUGAAAUUGGCAGCCCAGACGGCGGCUUCACAAUGGCAUCCAUAAAUUCGAACGGCGACUUGAAAAGUCCGGUGGAUCUGUCCGACAAGAGGCUACCAGACGAGGACGCCGAAAAACAACCGCUGUCCGGGAAAAAGGAGGAGAGAUGGUGGAACACCUUGGUGCAAGUGGCCGUGCCGUUCUUCAUAGCCGGUUGCGGUACCAUCGGGGCUGGGCUGGUUCUUGGCAGUGUCAGAGACUGGGAUGUGUUCGUGGAGGUGUCGGCGAUCUUCGUUUUAGUUCCGUCUCUAUCGGGUUUGAAGGGUAAUCUGGAUAUGUGCUUGGCUUCUCGUCUCUCCACUCAGGCGAAUCUUGGUAACAUGGAUUCGCCGCGCGAAGUAAUCUCAAUGGUAGUUGGAAACAUAUCACUAGUUCAGGUGCAAGCAAUAGUGGCUGCGACUGUUGUGUCACUAUUCGCAAUUGUAGUGAACACUAUCACCGAUCAGGCACUGAACGGCAACUAUGUGCUUCUGAUUAUCUCAUCCGCGAUCUUCACAGCUACCACAACAUGUUUUGUGCUGGAUUUCGUGAUGGUGAUCGUCAUCUUCGGGUCACAGAAGUUCAAACUGAAUCCUGACAACGUGGCGACUCCCUUGGCUGCGUCUAUUGGUGAUAUUGUAAGCAACUCGGUGCUCGCAUUAACAGCGCAGUAUAUGUUUGAACAGAUAAAAACGUCCCUCUGGCAGCCAAUAACCUUACUCUGUGUGUAUUACUGUCUGCUACCGAUCUGGGUGUUGAUUGUCUGGCGCAAUAAAUAUACUAAGAAGGUUUUAACCACCGGCUGGACUCCGGUCAUCUCUGCUCUCUUUAUUAGCGGUAUCGGAGGGAUCGUACUUGACCAAGCUGUGGAUAGGUACCCAAGUUACGAGGUGUUCCAACCAAUUGUCAAUGGAAUCGGUGGUAACCUGGUCUGCGUGCAAUCUUCCCGUCUCGCAACCCAUCUCCAUCAGACUGCAAUACCGGGAGUUUUGCCAGAAAACACCAGAAUCAUUGAGUGGCCGUGGAAAACUCUGUUCUAUGGAACGCCAGCAGCAAAGGUUGCACGAAUGCUACUCAUAUUGGCGGUCUGCGGUCAAAUCGUGUUUAUGAUUGUUGCUGACUUCGUUUACCAGGGCUUCGUCUCCAUCCAAGUCUCUUUCGGCAUCUGUUAUGUGAUGUGCAGUGUAGUGCAGGUAAUGGUAUUGCUGUACCUGGCUUACAUUCUUAUCCACUUCAUGUGGAAAAAGAAGAAGGACCCCGACAACGCAGCGAUUCCGUAUCUCACCGCUCUCGGAGAUCUCUUAGGCUCUGUAUUCUUAGGUCUAGCAUUCGUGAUUCUCUCAAUUUUCGGCUUGCAAUACGGCAACAAUGUUCCCGGGUCAGGUUAUCCGGCUAAAAUUAAAGACUGUACUCGCGCGAAAGAGACAACCGUUUUGUAA